AUAUGAUGACCGCCUCCUUUUAGUACUUUUCAAUACCUUUCCAGCGUUUCUUCCUUCUCUCUACUCUUCGUCGUCUCCCUUUCAGUUCAUACACUCCAGAAGCCUCUUCUCAUUUGUCUCGUCAUUCCUCAGUCUCAAAGAAGAUAUAUGUUUAUAUGUUGUUCCGAACUUAGUUUCAUCGAAUGUCGGUUUUUCUUUAUCCUAGGAAGAAACCGAUUAAUCGGGUGGAAAGAAUGGACAUUAAAGAAUUUGGACCUUCAUGGUUGAUGCCAAUGCUAAGAGCUGACUACUUUGCAACCUGUCGUUUCCAUGGAGAUUCUAAUAAAAGCGAAUGCAAUCUGUUCUGUUUGGAUUGCUGUGGGAAUGCCAUCUGUCCCUACUGUUUGAUUCAUCAUAAAAAUCAUCAUACUGUUCAGAUACGGCGUUCCUCUUAUCAUAACGUGGUGAGGGUGAAUGAGAUUCAAAGAUAUUUAGACGUAUCAUGCGUUCAAACAUACAUUAUCAACAGCGCCAAGAUCGUGUUCUUGAACGAGCGUCCUCAGGCUAGGCCAGGAAAAGGCGUCACCCACCACUGUGAGAUUUGUGGGCGGAGCCUUGUUGAUGCUUUUCGAUUCUGUUCUCUUGGUUGUAAGCUUGGUGGCAUGAAACGUGGGGAUAGCAAGCUGAGCUUCACAUUGAAGAUGAACCACAUCCAUGGGUAUGAAUUUCAUGGUGAACUGUUGAGAGGUUGUGUCAGCUCCGGUGAGGAGGAAGGAACCAACAAUAUGUCUCCGGGGACACCACCGAUAUUUAAUCACCGGAAUUCAAGCAGGAGGAAGGGGGUACCGCAUCGGGCGCCGUUCUGAUGACCACCAUGACUGCUAGAGUAAGAGGUAAAUAUAGAUAGGAAAGAAGAUAAAUGGGUGAAAAGUGGAUGAUGAUGUGAUAUACUUGGUUUUCUUUUAUUUAUUUUACUGAGAUGUUUUGAUUAAAAUUAAAGGGAAAUUUGUACAAGAGUAUAUAUAUAUAUUUGAUGUAUGUAUCUAUAUAGACAUAAACAUCAGGGAAUAUUUGUGAAA